AUGGCGGCAAAGCCCACGCGCAACCCGGCGGCGCCGAGCAUCUACCGGCCCGGUCUGUUCAACGGCAAAGUGGCCAUCGUCACUGGGGGUGGAACCGGAAUCGGCAAAAGUAUCGCGUACGAGCUGGCGUUCCUGGGCUGCACGGUCGUGAUCGCGUCCCGGAACUUGGAGCGUCUGCAGGAAGCUGCCGACAAGAUUCAAGCAGACGUGAAGGCUGCGAACCCGACGUCCGAAGGCUCAGUGCAUGCUAUCGCGUGCAACAUCCGCAGCGAGGAGCAGGUGUCGAACCUGGUCGACGAAACGUUGACCAAGUUCAAGCGCGUCGACUUCCUCGUGAACAAUGCUGGCGGCCAGUUCCGGUCGCUCCUCGAAGACGUCUCGUUGAAGGGGUGGCAGGCUGUUAUGGACACCAAUCUAAACGGCACCUUCCUGAUGACGAAGAAGGUUUACCACGCCUACAUGAAGGAGCACGGCGGCAGCAUCGUCAACAUCAUCAUCGUGCUGGAUAAGGGCAGCCCAUGCUUGGCGCACAGCGCUGCUGCUCGCGCUGGCAUCGAAAGUCUGUCCAAGUCGCUGUCGGUGGAGUGGGCGUCCUCGGGUAUCACCCUCAACUGCGUUGCUCCGGGCAUCAUCCUUUCCAGCGGAGUUGAGAACUACCCCAGCGGCGCGGAGAUGUUCGAGUAUGCGGCGGAGAAGGCGACGGCGGCGAAGCGAAUGGGGAGCGUUGAGGAAGUCUCGGCCAGUGUGCUUUACUACUUGUCUCCAGCUGGCGCCUACGUGACGGGCGACACAAUGCACGUGGACGGCGGCUGGCAUCUCAUGGGACCUCUUCUCGACGUUCCACAGCACGAAAACAACCACCCCUACGGUACCAGCAAGUUGUAG